UUCAUAUAAUGACUUUAAAACAUUCGGACUGACUCCUUCGUUAGUGCAGAAAAAAAGAUGGGGAAAAACAGUAAGUUCUUGUUAUGGUUCUUCAUGGUUGUCUUGGCUUUUCAAUGUCCAGAAAAGGGAGUUCAGGGACUGGGGAUCAACUGGGGAACGCGAUCAACGCAUCCACUGCCGCCAAACAUUGUCGUCAAGCUCUUGAAAGACAAUGGAUUCGACAAAGUGAAACUCUUUGAAGCUGAACCAGGAGCCUUGAAGACUCUAGGAAGAACAGGCAUUCAGGUUAUGGUGGGGAUACCGAAUGAUCUCCUGGCACCGCUUGCAAGCAGCGUUACUAAUGCCGUGAACUGGGUGCAACAAAAUGUCUCCAACUACAUAUCGAGAUAUGGGACAAAUAUAAGUUAUGUUGCUGUGGGCAACGAACCUUUCCUGAAAACCUAUGACAACAAAUUCGUUUCAACAACUUUUCCAGCACUCCAAAACAUUCAAGCAGCUCUCAUCAAAGCCGGCAUAGCCAAACAAGUGAAGGUGACAAUUCCGCUGAAUGCCGACGUGUACCAGAGCGACAGUGGCCUGCCAUCCGGCGGUAAUUUCCGGGUUGACAUCCUAGACCUCAUGACCAACAUCAUCAAGUUCCUUCGCGACAACAAUGGCGUCCUCACCAUCAAUAUCUACCCCUUCCUCAGCCUCUAUGCCGAUCCCAAUUUCCCCAAAGAGUACGCAUACUUUGACAAUAAGGCAAGCCCUCUUCAGGACGGCCCCAUUAGUUACACCAACGUCUACGACGCCAAUUUCGACACCCUCAUCUCCGCGCUUGAGAAGAAUGGAUUCGGGUCAAUGCCUGUUAUCAUCGGAGAGGUUGGCUGGCCAACGGACGGCGACCCAAAUGCGAACGCGGAAAACGCCCAGAGGUUCAACGAGGGCCUCGUCAGCCGUAUAAUUCAAGGUCAAGGCACCCCCAAACGCCCCACACCCACGGAUGUCUACAUUUUUUCCCUAAUCGACGAGGACAACAAGAGCGUUGCACCGGGUAAUUUCGAGAGGCAUUGGGGAAUGUUCAAUUAUGAUGGAACCCUAAAAUACCAGCUGAAUUUCGGGGGCGGGAAAUCCCUAGUCCCUGCCAAAGGCGUCCGCUAUUUAGCGAGGCAGUGGUGCAUUAUGUCGCCUCAGGCAAGCAUAUCGGACCCCAAUUUGGCCGACGGUAUCAGCUACGCCUGCCAGUUCGCCGAUUGCACGAGUCUCGGAUACGGGUCGUCGUGCGGCAACCUCGAUGCGCAGAGAAAUGCUUCUUAUGCAUUCAAUAUGUACUUCCAGACGAUGAAUCAGAGUAAAGAUUCCUGUAACUUUUCCGGCCUAGCAGCGAUUAGCACCACUGAUCCGUCUCAGGGAUCUUGCCAUUUCGAGAUCAUGAUCGAUCUGGGCAAACAAGGGCGAGCUUCUCCAUCAGGGAGCCCUUCGUCGGAGGCAAUGAGAAUGAAAAACGUAGUCGCUGCGGCUCUCACCGUAAUGGCGGCGUUGGUGCUCCUCUGCGGUGUUUUCUGACCUUCCUCAACCGUUGCAGUGUAGAGAUUUUUCCUCAACUCAUUAUUUAUUUUAUUUAUUUAGAAAAUCAGCUAAUUUCUUCAUUUUUAUUUAUUUUAAAUAAUUUUUCUUUAUGGAAUUUGUGGACUUUGUUCCUUAGACCCAUUCUGGGGGAUUGGGUAGAAGAAGAUACAUCUAAUUUUAUUACUGGGUUCGGCCCAUUUGUUUCAGUUAUAGUUUAAUAAAUGCCAAAACCCCAA